AAAAAGGCCAAUACGUAUAAAAAAAGAAGUACAAAUGCAGAAGCUCUUAGUAUCUCCGAGAAUAUUCAACCAGUUACUGAAAAUUUGAAUCCACAAUUUUCUGUAAUAAAUGAAGUUAAAAAUAGAAAAACUUCUUAUGGAGGAUUUAAAGCAAAUUUAAUAGUUGAUAAUGAAAAACAAUCUUCUUUACAAAACUUACAACUAUUGUCGCCAGCUUCAAAUGAAAGUUAUAAGAACAAUCGUGACGAUAUUCAUCUUGACCCAAAAGCAAAUCGAGAUAGAUCUAAUACAUCCCAACCUUCAACGAAGUCAUCAGAACUUUCAAAUGAAAGUUAUAAGAGUAACCGUGAAGGUAUGCAUAUUGAUCCAAUAGCAAAUCAAAAUAACUCCCAACCUUCAACUGACUCACAAAAUGAUGAACAAAACAAUGUUAAACUUAGCCAAGAUUAUUCGAGAAAAAGCUCAUCGAAAUCGAAUGUAAGUUAUCAAGAGUAUGAGGCAAUGGAGCAUGCAACGUCGUUACAGGAUAACAUUAAUAAAACAGAAAAUAAUCGAAAUAACGACAAAAAUAACCAAUCUAAAAACAUUACAAUCAAUUCGAAAAAAAUUUCGCCAUCGAAAAGUUUGUCAAAUUCGUUUAAGAAAUUAUACAGUGAUUCAGAUACAGAAAUCGAAGAAAUUGUAGAUACUGAAAUUAAAAAGAAUAGACCACCUUCAUAUGGUAAAUUUAAAGAAAAACUUCUCGGCGACAAACAUUCAUCGAAAAUUCAAAAUGAAAAUACUAAUAACUCAUUUAGUGAAAAAAAUAAAAAUCAGAAAAUCAAAGAUCGAAUUACAUCAAUCCGUAAUCAAAGUUCUGUUAGCUUAAAUAGCUCGAGACGGACUUAUUUUCGCACAAAACGUGAUACUGAUGCGAUUGAAAGUUCAGAUGAAGAACUGAACGAAAAAUCUCCAUUAAGCCAACAUAUUUCAAAUCAAACCGAGAAAGGUAAUAGCAAUAUUAUAUCGAAAGUAGGAAGUUCAGAUAAAGAAAUCGAAGAAAUUGUAGAGGAUUCAGAAAUUGAAGAAUUUAGAAAGAAUAGACCACCACCUUCAUAUGGUAAAUUUAAAGAAAAACUUCUCGAUGACAAACAUUCAUCGAAAAUUCAAAUUGAAAAUACUAACAACUCAUUUAGUGAAAAAAAUAAAAUCAAAGAUCGAAUUACAUCAGCCCGUAAUCAAAGUUCUGUGAGUUUAAAUAAUUCGAGGCGAACCUAUUUUCGCACAAAACGUGAUACUGAUACAACUGAAAGUUCAGAUGAAGAACUGCACGAAAAAUCUCCAUCUAGCCACCAUAUUUCAAAUCAAAUCGACAAAGGCAAUACCAAUAAUUUACCGAAAGGAGGAAGAUCAAAAACAAAUAUAAAUUUAAAAAAUAAUUUAAACAAAGAAGAUAAUGAUAACCUUUCGCCUGUUCAUCGUGAAAAAUUAUUAAAUAUAUCAAAUCGAACAACCAUUGAUAUUUCAAAGCAAAACAACGAUGAAAAUUUAAUGGGGCAAAAAAUUACAAAAAGAAAUUUGACUUUAAAAUCGUUCUUUAAAGCAAAAGAAAUAGAGGAAGAUUUGAAUUCGAAUAAUGGAAUACAAUCUGAAAAUUUAGAGAAACCGGUGCAACAAUUAUUCCCUAGUUCCGAAAACGCUUUGGGUCAGAGCUCAUCGAAUGAAAAGAAAUCAACGCAAUUAUCAAUUUUAAAAUUCCUUGAGCAUCAAAAGAAAUUGAAAGAAAAAAUGGAACGUGAAAUCAAAGAAAAAUAUAAAUCUAAAUAUGUUAGCGAACCUACAAUUCCACCAAAACCACUAAAACCACCAACAAAAAUACGACAGCUUAAAAAACUAGAGAAAAAAUCUCCAAAGGAUGACGAUUUCAGAAAAAUUAAUGACAGAAAUUAUAAACCACCAAAAAUAAAACCACCUAGAUGGAUUCAGAAUCAACCUGAUUUACAAUCGAGAAUUUUCAGUGUCCUUAGUAACAAUUACGAAGAAGAAAUUGCCAAUAGGAAAAAUGAAGAAGUCAUUGAAUUGUUAGCAAAUGUUGUAAAGAAGGUAACGGCACAGAAGAAGAUAAUUGAUUACACAUUAAUUGAUAAACUAAAAUUAAAAUUAGCACAAGAAAAAAUAGUUCACACAACAUAUGAAUUUCAUUGGUUUGUUUUAGAGUAUUGUCCGCAUCAAUUUAUUAUAAGGGUUGUACCAAUGAAACCAUACUCAAGAUACAUUUUCGAUCCACCUUUUGAUGCAGAAACUAUUGGUCUUCCUAUUAUAACAGAACAUUGA